AUGGACCGCAAAGCUCGUUCCAAGCCCAUGCAAAACAUUCUGAACCGCAUGCUCUCAACGGGUCGGUAUGAACUCAUUGUGUUUGGAGACAAGGUCAUUCUCGAUGAAGACGUCGACACGUGGCCCGUGGUCGAUGUGCUCAUAUCGUUCUUCAGCACUGGUUUUCCUCUAGAAAAAGCUAUCAAGUAUGUCGAGCUUCGGAAACCCGUGUGUGUAAAUGAUUUGUACAUGCAAACCGUGCUGUGGGAUCGACGUGCCGUACUGCGUAUCCUACAGCAAAUUGGAGUACCAACACCGCCGAGUAUCUAUGCAGAUCGAGAUGGCGGUCCCACACUUGAUCCAGUCGUAGUUGAGGAUGUGAAGGCACGCGUUGGACUGGAUCUUGGAAAGCGUACGAACAUGCCUAAUGUUGUCAUGCAAGACCAUGACACCUUGUUAGUGAAUGGCUGUCCCAUACGGAAGCCGUACGUGGAAAAACCUGUGAGUGGCGAAGACCACAACAUUCACAUUUACUUCAAUGCUCAAUCCGGGGGUGGUGGUCGUCGCCUAUUCCGCAAAGUCGGGAACAAGUCGUCGGAGUUUGAUCCGGAACUCGUUGAACCUCGUAUGGAUGGCUCCUACUUGUAUGAAGAAUUCAUGGAUGUCGAUAAUGCCGAGGACAUCAAGGUGUACACCAUUGGCCCAGAGUUCUGUCACGCAGAGACGCGCAAGUCGCCUGUCGUUGAUGGCCUUGUAAAACGCAAUCCUGACGGGAAGGAAAUCCGGCACGUGGCCGAGCUCUCGCCUGAGGAACGCGAAAUGGCACGACGUAUUACGAUUGCUUUUAAGCAGUUUAUCUGUGGCUUUGAUUUGCUGCGUGUGCGCGACAAAAGCUAUGUCAUUGACGUGAACGGAUGGAGCUUCGUCAAAGGUAACGAUGGUUACUACGAUAAGUGCGCCGAUAUUUUGAACAAGUUUUGCGAGACGCAUCAAAUUUCUCGGCCGCUCCGUCGGCCUAGUGAUGAUGUGCGGGCAAGAGACGAGACAUCGAGCUGGGUCUUGAAAGCCAAUGUGACUGUAUUCAGACACGGUGACCGCACACCAAAACAGAAGAUCAAACGCAGCUACAAAGCCCGUGAUGCAUGGACGAAGCCAAUUGUUGACUUGAUGCACGGAUACCGUGAAGAGAUUAUUCUACGUUCGAAUUUGGACGUCGUGACAAGGGCACUUCACGAAGCCAUGGAACUAAGUGGCGCGGACCAUGGCGAUCUACUCUUCGUGUCAGACAUCAUCGAUCGAAAGAAGGUCUUUCCCGGCACCAAAAUUCAAUUGAAGCCGAGCUUCUCCGCCGAGACGGACCAGCUGGAGAAAGUGCAACUUGUGAUCAAAUGGGGUGGCGAGUUCAGUCAUGCUGCCUUACACCAAGCGCGUGACUACGGCAUCAAUAUGCGACGCGAUAUCCACAUCAUGAACAAAGAAGUUCUGGAUGAAUGCACGAUUUAUACCAGCUCAGAGCGCAGGGUUUCUGCAUCCGCCGAGACGUUUGCUGAGGCGUUCCUAGAGGACGAGUCUGUCCGUGGGGCCGGGCAACACAAGCCAAAGGAAAUGGUCGUUCGGAAAGAUUUGUUGGAUGAUUCAAAUGCUGCUAAACACAUGAUGGACGAAGUCAAAGAAGAGCUUCGCUCGUGUCUGCAGCCAACACCAGAGAAUGUAGAUGUGCGUCCUGAUGGCUGGUCCAAAGACCUCCCACCGCCCUCGCUCAUUAGCACAGAAAUCCAGCACUUGCUUCAGAGUUUGGGCGAGACAAUGCAUGCAAACUUUUCCAGACUCGAUGUCAACAAGAUUCAGGACCGCUGGUGCACGCACGAGACGCCUACUUUGUUUCGCGAGCGUUGGGACAAGGUCAUCGAAGACUUUAAACACCCGAAUGAGCCAUCGCGUGCUAGUGAAUUGGCUGAUAUGCUGUCACACGACGGUUUGCACAAUCGCACUUUUCUGGAGACGAUCUUUUCUGCUCCAGAAGACGAUGAUGCAUGCAAGCUUGAGCGGCUCCAUCGCCUCUACCGCAUGAGUCUCGCUCUCUUUGAAUACGUAUGCCCUCGAGAGUAUGGUAUCACUCCCGAGCAGAAAGAAAUGAUUGGGCUCCUGACCUCACAGCCGCUACUCAACAGCAUUGUGCAGAACCUGAAAGCAUCUCAGGACAAGAAAGGGAUGUGCACUUUCUAUUUCACCAAAGAGUCCCACGUUCACACACUGCUGAAUCUUCUUCUUUCCUCGCAUCUUUCCAUCAUCAUGCCACGCAUGCCUCCUAUGGACUAUUUCUCGAGCAUUACUUUUGAAGUAUACGAGCGCGAACGACCGACUUCAUCAUCGAGCAUGGCACCUGCCAAGCCUGAAAGAUCGCUUGUCAUUAGCGUUUCAGAAGGCGCACAUAGCUCAGAGGUCCUCUUUAUUCGCUUGGACGGCCGACAUGCACUCACGCCUUUGCCCAGCAGGCCAUUGACGUCGCACAUGGACUUUGACUCGUCGAUUGAUAAGCUGUCGGCGUUGUGUGAAAAGCGGGAACAGCUCGACACCCGCCGUGGCCAGGUCGAAGGUGCGAGCGUGUACUUUGGAGAGGCUGACCAAGACGAACAUGUUGUUCAGAUCCGAGGCAUCCAACCAGACUCUCCAUAG